UCCCGCUGCUUCCUGUCCCCAGCGCCGGCACUGAAGGGGCGCAACGCGGCCACCAACCCGGAGGCGCUUGAGGCGAGAGGGGUCCCCGCGCGAUCUGGGGCCCCGGCGCAGCUCACGGUGAGCGUCCCCCAGGGCUUGAGGACCCCUUAGCCACGGGUACCCUCGCGCUACCCCCGGGUGCCCGAUGGGGCCGCCCGGGGGGCACAGGGCUGAAGUUGGGAGCGCACGCAGCUCACCCCCGCUGCGGAGUCCGACAUGCUGCUGCCGGGGCGCAACGGCACCGAGUGGUUCGGGCAGCAGCAGCCAGCUCCGGGAGGCGCCCUGGGGGGCUCGGAGGAGGCGGCACCACUGAGACCCGCGCAGGUGGUCACCGCCUGCCUCCUGACCCUGCUCAUCAUAUGGACCCUGCUGGGCAACGUGCUGGUGUGCGCGGCCGUCGUGCGCAGCCGCCACUUGCGCGCCAGGAUGACCAACGUUUUCAUCGUGUCUCUGGCGGUGUCCGACCUCUUCGUGGCGCUGCUGGUCAUGCCCUGGAAGGCUGUCGCUGAGGUGGCCGGCCACUGGCCCUUUGGGGCCUUCUGCGACAUCUGGGUGGCCUUCGACAUCAUGUGCUCCACCGCCUCCAUCCUGAACCUGUGCGUCAUCAGCGUGGACCGCUACUGGGCCAUCUCGAGGCCCUUCCACUACCAGCGCAAAAUGACCCAGCGCGUGGCCUUGGUCAUGGUCGGCCUGGUCUGGACCCUGUCCGUCCUCAUCUCCUUCAUCCCAGUCCAGCUCCAUUGGCACAGGGACAAGACAGGCUCCUGGGGCGAGGUGGACCCGCCGCCCACCCUGGCCAAUGGGACGCCCUGGGAGGAGGCGGGCGAGCCGGAGGUGCAGGCAGAGAACUGCGACUCCAGCCUGAACCGGACGUACGCCAUCGCCUCCUCGCUCAUCAGCUUCUACAUCCCCGUGGCCAUCAUGAUCGCGACCUACACGCGCAUCUACCGCAUCGCCCGGAUGCAGAUCCGCAGGAUUUCCUCCCUGGAGAGGGCCGCGGAGCAUGCGCGGAGCUGCCGCAGCCCCGAGGUCUCUACGCCCGGUGCCAGCCUGCGGGUAUCGAUCAACGCGGAGACCAAGGUCCUUAAGACCCUGUCCGUGAUCAUGGGGGUCUUCGUGUGCUGCUGGCUGCCCUUCUUCAUCCUGAACUGCCUGGUCCCCUUCUGCAGCGCACACCCGGGGGGCCCCGGGAGGAGGUUCCCCUGCGUCAGCGAGACCACCUUCGACGUCUUCGUCUGGUUCGGCUGGGCCAACUCCUCCCUCAACCCCAUCAUCUACGCCUUCAACGCCGACUUCCGGAAGGUGUUCGCCCAGCUCCUGGGCUGCGGCCGCCUCUGCUCCCGCACCCAGGUGGAGACGGUGAACCUCAGCAUGGAGUUCAUCUCCUCCAACCAGGACACUGUCCCCCACGCGGAGAGGGCAGCUGCCCACAGCCACAUGAUCCCCAGCGCGGUGACCCUGGGGGACAGGGAGGUGGACGAGGCCAAGGGGGGCCCUCUGGAUCGCCUGGCCCAGAUCUCCCAGGCGCCCCCGGACGGUGACCCUGCAGCCAGGUCUGCCUGGGAGCUGGACAGUGCAGGGGAGAUUUCAUUAGGCAAAACAAUGCCUUUCACCCCCGGUGGAUCCCAUUAAACGACGGAAGACACGCCCUCCGUGGAUCUGCGGAACCGCACA